CGGGGCUGCCUGGCGCGGUCGGAAGCAGCGGGCGGCCUGUCCGCCGCGGCUCGGCUCGGCUCGGCUCGGCUCGGCUGGGGCGGGCUCCCGCGGCGGGGCUGAGGCGGGCGGGCGUCGCCAUGGUUUAAAGGGCGGCGGGCGGACGCGAACGGGCAGGAGCCAUGAACCUGCUCCCGGCCAACCCGCACGGCAACGGGCUGCUCUACGCCGGCUUCAACCAGGACCACGUUGCAACAGAGGUGGAAAAAGAGAUUUGUGAGGAUGAGCUUCAUUUCAGAUCUGCAGGGGGCUGUAAUGAAGCGGUAAUGUUUGAUGCUUGGCCUGUGAUGGGGCUGGGUUAUACAGAGAACUGUGUAAGAAGGAUGCUUUGCAUGUGGAAUGGAAAAUGGAUUCCGAGUUUAUAAUGCAGAUCCACUCAAAGAAAAAGAGAAACAAGAAUUUCUAGAAGGUGGUGUUGGCCAUGUCGAAAUGUUAUUUCGUUGCAACUAUUUAGCACUAGUAGGUGGAGGAAAAAAGCCGAAGUACCCACCCAACAAAGUGAUGAUCUGGGAUGACCUGAAGAAGAAGACUGUCAUUGAGAUAGAGUUUUCGACAGAAGUCAAAGCAGUUAAGCUGCGAAGAGAUAGAAUUGUGGUAGUCUUGGACUCGAUGAUUAAAGUUUUCACAUUCACACACAAUCCCCACCAGUUGCACGUCUUUGAAACCUGCUACAACCCUAAAGGUCUCUGUGUCCUUUGUCCAAAUAGUAAUAAUUCCCUUCUUGCAUUUCCUGGAACACACACUGGGCAUGUGCAGAUAGUGGAUCUGGCUAAUACAGAAAAGCCUCCUGUAGACAUACCGGCUCACGAAGGAGUCUUGAGCUGUAUAGCUUUAAACCUGCAGGGAACAAGAAUUGCAACGGCAUCAGAAAAAGGGACCCUCAUAAGAAUAUUUGAUACUUCAUCAGGGCAUUUAAUUCAGGAGCUCCGAAGAGGAUCACAGGCAGCCAAUAUAUACUGUAUUAACUUCAAUCAGGAUGCUUCCCUCAUCUGCGUGUCCAGCGACCAUGGCACAGUGCAUAUUUUUGCUGCAGAAGACCCUAAAAGAAAUAAGCAGUCAAGUUUGGCCUCUGCCAGCUUUCUCCCCAAAUACUUCAGUUCCAAAUGGAGUUUUUCCAAAUUUCAGGUUCCCUCAGGCUCUCCGUGCAUUUGUGCCUUUGGAACAGAGCCAAACGCUGUCAUAGCAAUUUGUGCGGAUGGCAGCUACUACAAGUUCUUAUUCAACCAAAAAGGGGAAUGCUCAAGGGACGUCUAUGCUCAGUUUCUAGAAAUGACGGAUGACAAGCUCUGACGGAGUUGAGGGGAGCACAGGGGUCAAAGUACUGCCUUGGCUGUGCCGCAGCUUUGGAGGGACAUGUACGAAUGUCUAAUACUGAUCAAGUUUAGCAGACCUCACUGAGAAGCCUGGCCCAACGUGAUCACAAGCUCUGAAGUAGUGGACUACAUAUGUUUAUUUUCAUUUCUGCAAGUAUUCGUCAUUAAAAUCUCUUUGGGUUACUGUCAUCAACUCAAGUUUUCAAGAGGUGGCUUUCAACAAGCUUGUGCCUGUUGGGUUUCUCUUACCUGAACUGUGCCAUGACUCCCGUUCCACACGAGUGCCUGCCACCCCGCGGGGGCUGGACAGAGUACAGCUAGCCUUAGAAAAGGGAGGUGAAAACUGAAGAUUUUAGGCAUUGCUUUACUUCCGCCGAGUGGCUGGGGGUGGGGGGGAAUACCAGGGAUCACGCUCAAGUCAACGUCGAUGCUCGGCUACAGGAGCAGGGGCGAGCAGGGGCGCUGCCUUCCCUGCCCCGGGGGAAUGGAAGGGAGACGAGCGCGGAGCCACGCUCCUCCUCUGCGCUGGGGUGCGCUGGGGCUGGGGGUCGUGUGGCCAGAGGCUGCUGCUCACAUGCACCCGCUGGAGCUGAGUGAUCAGCACCAGUUGUCAAAGGUGCCAAACAGCACUGGGUGGCCGCAGGCAGAGCGGGGCACUGGCUGCCCCCUGCUCGGGACGGGCACACGGGGCUCCUGGAGUGGCGAUUCCCUCUGGAACGCCACAGCCGGCCCAGCUGGGGGACGGGACAGGCCACUUACACACCCAGCACAACAAAUGAACAUCUGCGAUGGCUUUAAACUUGCAAACUUAAUUUUUUUUUAUUUUUUUUUUUAGUUGGAUAUGUUGCUUACUAAAUGCUGUUGGCCUAGGGACAGUUAGGUUAGACUAAACUGACUGACUUGUAAACUCUUUCCCAAAAUUGUUACCUGGCAAUUAAUAGUUCCUGCUGAACUAAUGCACAGACACACAACUAGGACCUGACGGCCACAAGCUCCGCAGCACCCAGUACCCGGGGGGGGAACGUCCUGCUCCGCUGCCAUCGAAUGUCACAGAUGCUUCAACUCUGCCACACCUGUUCACUCUUUUAAGAUUUAGCUGCAAAUCUAAAUUUGACAAGUUUCUUGUAGCAUCACGUAACAUACUAAGGACUAACUUCUACGCAGAUUUUGAUGUCAAGGUUGCAUGUUGCUUUUAUGUGUAUUUAACCACAGAAAUUGUUUUGCACACUUAUUUGUAAUAUGUUAUUUCUUUUAAAUAAAAAGUAACUAAUUUUGCUGUA